AUGGCAGACACAUGUGUUCUGCAUUUGCACAUGCGAGACCUAAACACAGCCAACGAAGAGCGAUGCUCAGAGUCCAAGUUCGUGCAAAUCGCUACCGAACUUCGUGAGAACGGAUCUGGAUCAACAGUUGAGCAGACAUCGAUGACGAGGUCCAGCUUGAUCGCCGAGAACUACUUGGAGAAAGCUAUCACUGCUUUACCAGCUCGACGAAAGCUACGCAUUCUCGCCCUGCAUGGCUUUGGCCAGAGCGGCGACUACCUCCGCAUUGCAAUAAAGACCGGCCAGCUUGAAGCAUAUCUCAAGGAAUCAUUGCACACCGAUCUUCUAGAGCAGUACGAUGGAGUUGAGUGGCUCUGUUCAAAUGGCCCACUCCAUCUAGUCCCAGACUCGAGGCAUGGCGAGCCUCAGCGACGACCAUCAACAGCUCGGGCUGUUGAAGAAAGUAUAGAGUACUUGUGCAACUAUCUCAAAGAGCACGGUUCAGUCGAUGGCAUCAUUGGGUUCUCCCAAGGUGCAGCUGUAGCUAUGAUGCUCACAGCACUCUGCGAAGGCACCCCUGAACGCAUGGCCGCGCUCGCUAGACAAGAAUCACCUUUCGUCCUCGCACCGCCUCAAGCGCCUUUCAAGUUCGCCGUCUCUUGCUGCGGUUUCCAAGGAGCGACCAAGUACUACAACGGCUUCUACAACCCGAAGAUCAGCACACCGUCACUGCAUGUCGUGGCCGAGUUCGACACAAUAGUCAGCGCCGAGCGAUCGACCAAGCUCGCCGAUGCAUGCGAAGACGCUUCUAUCGUACACUUCCGAGGCACACACCACGUUCCCACAGAUAAGGCCAGUCUGUACGAGAUGGCGCGUUUCAUUGCGAAUGCGUGCUCGGACAAGUCGAUGCCUUCUCCUGUUGGCGUCGCAUAUUCCAUCCCCGCCGAGGGGCUCGCCGUCAAUGAGCUCUUCAAGCGGGCUACCAUCACCCAUCCGAAGUUGCACGGAGACGGAAAGUUUGUGAGAGCCCGGAAUCGCCUGAGUUAUCCUCGCCAGGCUCGAGUCUGUCUGGCUUUUCAUCUAAUUCGUCCGCUCGUAGCUCUCGCAUGCGAGUCAUUACCAGACGGACUGCAAUUGUUCGCAUGA